GUCCUCCAUGAGCAAGCAUCGACUUCAGCAGCUUCAAAGGCGAGCUAACCUCUGGAUCUCCUUGUUAGCUUGUACACAUACAUAACUAUAGGAUAACAACAACGCCGACCGGAAACUGGAGUAGUAUAGUAGAAGCAAAGGUUGCGACAUUAGUUUCGCAACAUGUUCACGUUCCGUUGGUUUUAUAGAGUUAAAUGUCCCAGCAUGAGUCACUGAGGAGUGGUGAGGCCAGUCUCGGGAACACUGUUUUGUCAACGUAGAUACCCUGGAGGACUACCAAGACUGGCCUGUGGAGGGCAGUAAUGUGCCGCAUGGUAACCAGACUGCCGUAAAAUCUUAAAAAAGAAGAAGAAGCAAACACAGGAGAGGGAUGUUAGCAAGCUGUCCUCCUACAACUCUUUAAUGAACUCACAUUGUGUUGAGGAUGAAACUGUAUUGUCUGUCUGGUCAUCCCACAUUGCCUUGCAAUGUUCUCAAGUUCAAAUCCACCACCAUCAUGCUGGACUGUGGACUGGACACCACAUCCGUCCUCAACUUCCUACCCCUUCCCCUCGUCCACAGCCCUAGACUCUCCAAGCUGCCUGGCUGGGUUGGUAAGGAUGGAGCGCUAAACUUAGAAAAGGAGCUGAAGGAGUGUGCAGGAAGAGUGUUUGUGGACUCACAGCCAGAGUUCUGUCUCCCUGAGAAAGAACUGCUGGAUCUAUCGACCAUUGAUGUCAUCCUGAUCUCCAACUACCACUGUAUGAUGGCCUUGCCCUAUAUCACUGAACACACAGGCUUCACAGGAACAGUGUAUGCCACAGAACCCACCUUGCAGAUUGGCAGACUGUUGAUGGAGGAAUUGGUGAACUUCAUGGAAAGAGUUCCCAAAGCUCAGUCUGCCACCUGCUGGAAGAAUAAGGAAAUACAGAGAAUGCUCCCUGGUCCACUGAAAGAUGCAGUGGAUGUUUGGACAUGGAAGCGAAGCUACAGUAUGCAGGAGGUCAACUCUGCCCUCAGCAAAGUGCAGCUUGUGGGUUAUUCGCAGAAAGUGGAGCUGUUUGGAGCUGUGCAGGUCUCCCCUCUAAGCUCUGGUUACUCAUUGGGCAGCUCCAACUGGAUCAUCCAAUCUCAUCACGAGAAGGUUUCAUAUGUGUCCGGUUCAUCCCUCCUCACCACACAUCCACAGCCGAUGGACCAGAGCUCCCUGAAGAACAGCGAUGUUCUGAUUCUGACGGGCCUCACACAGAUGCCCACAGCCAACCCAGAUGGCAUGUUGGGAGAAUUCUGCAGCAACCUUGCGAUGACGAUUCGAGCAGGAGGCAAUGUGCUCGUGCCCUGCUAUUCCUCAGGGGUGAUUUAUGACCUGCUGGAGUGUCUGUACCAGUUCAUCGAUAGCGCCAAUCUUGGCACCAUACCCUUCUACUUCAUCUCACCCGUCGCCAACAGCUCAUUGGAGUUCUCCCAGAUCUUUGCUGAGUGGCUCUGUCACAACAAGCAAUCAAAGGUUUAUCUUCCAGAGCCUCCAUUUCCUCACGCAGAGUUGAUCCAAACCAACAAGCUGAAGCACUACCCGAGUAUUCACGGAGACUUCAGCAGUGACUUCAGGCAGCCGUGUGUGGUCUUCACUGGUCACCCCUCUCUGCGCUUCGGGGACGUGGUUCACUUCAUGGAACUGUGGGGCAAAUCCAGCAUGAACACCAUCAUCUUUACAGAGCCGGAUUUCUCUUACCUUGAUGCUUUGGCUCCGUACCAGCCUUUGGCUAUGAAGUGUGUCUACUGUCCCAUCGACACACGGCUCAACUUCCACCAAGUGUCAAAGCUGCUCAAGGAAGUACAGCCCCUCCAUGUGGUGUGUCCAGAGCAGUACACACAGCCCCCAGUGAGUCAGUCCCACCGCUCAGAUCUGAUGCUGGAGCUGCAGCCCCCUCCUAUGCCCUACAGACGCUGCUCUGUGCUUAACCUGCCGUUCAGACGCCGCUAUGAACGUGUCUACAUACUACCCGAGCUGGCCAACUCCCUGGUGCUCUCUGAGGUCAAACCUGGCAUCUCCUUGGCCACACUUUCUGCGGUGGUGCACUCCAAAGACAACAAACACACGCUGCAGUCAAUACCCAAACCUCCUCCAGUGGCCCCCAGCAAGAAGAGGAAGCGGGUGAUCGAGGAGCCUCCAGUGGUGCAGGCCCCCAAACCUCUGCUGAGUGGAGCUGUGCCGCUAGAAGCCUUCCUCAGCACGUUGCAAAAGCAUGGCAUCACAGAAAUCAAAGUGGAGGAGACAGCAGACGGACACAUUCUCCACCUGCAGGCGGAGGACACGCUGAUCCAGCUGGAGGAGGACGGUACACACAUUGUCUGCGACAACAACGAGCCGCUGCGCACCACGCUGCGAGACCUGGUGCUCCGCUUCCUGCAGAAACUCUGACCUGACUCUGCUUUGAGUCUCAUUACUGAUAGAUCUAAGAGUUUUCAGUUUGUUGGGAGGUCAGAGGGGAUGGAGGAAACAACGUAUGGACUGUCCACACCACAGAUGUGUUUUACAUUUGAAGCAGUUACAGUGGAUUUACUUUCACGACACGUUGUGUUUUGUAAAAUAGUAUUUUGUAUUAAAAGAUUUUUCAAAUGCGUCAAAA